CUCUCUCCUCCGCCUUUCUUGUUCCAGUGCCCAGAAAUGUGAAACGCAAUCCGAGCAGCAGGUCACAGCAAGAGGCUAUUUUAAACUGUACAGAGCUCCAUUCGCUCGGGAAGAACAUGGAAGCCGGAGCGAGCGGACUCUCAUCUGCAGUUCAGAUAAAAUGACGGAUAUUCGCUGGUCGCUGCGCGUUCACUCAGCGUUUACAUUCGGUUGGUUUUCGUUGCUCGCGUGUGUCUCAUGUCUCUCCCGGUAGUCCUGCCGGGAUCGUGUUGUCGUUUAACCGGGGCUUCACUCACCCACCAGUUCGCCGAUCCGUCCCGAAGGAGCCGCUGUAUGGCCACGGUUCCGUGGCGGAUGCGUGGAUCAGAGUCGCGGCUUGUGCCGCCUCUGCUGCCCGCGCGCCCUCUGCUCUCCCUCGGGCUGCUGCAGCUGGUGCUCGGCUGCUCCAUGGUGGCUCUCUCGUUCGGGGCUCUCUCCCUCAGCAACUCGCCUCCUGUCCGCAAUUCCUGUCCGUUUUGGGCAGGGUCAUCAGUUAUCCUGUCAGGGAUUAUUGGCCUGACCACAUGGAAGCGGCCCAUGCUCCUGUUGGUGAAUUUGUUUGUGUUGCUGUCCAUGGUGUGUAUCCUGCUGAACCUGGCAGGCUUUAUCCUCUGCUGUCAGGGAGCUCAGCUGGUGUCCAGCACCAUCCACUGUCAGCUGGAUGGUGAUAUCUGUAACUGCUGCUCCGAGAGCCCCAAGUGUCAAGACGAGGAGGUGAUCAAGAUUUAUGCGAGACACUCAUGUGCAUCGAUGAGAGUGUUGCUCAAGAAGGUUCUGUUUGCACUGUGUGCGUUGAAUGCGCUGACCACAGUAGUGUGUCUGAUUGCAGCUGCACUCAGGUACCUGCAGAUCUUCUCCACCAGACGGCCCUGCAUGGAAGAGCCACGGAACAUUGCAGUGGAAGAAGAGCAGCCACACAUUCCUGAUCCUGAUGACUUUGUUCCACCGGCACCACCUCCUUCUUACUUUUCCACCUUCUACUCCUAUACACCACGGCUGGCUCGCAGGAUGUUUGGUGACAGUGUGAUCCCACUGCCUCACAUAUACGGGGCGAGGAUUAAAGGUGUGGAGGUUUUCUGUCCUCUUGACCCUCCUCCGCCCUAUGAAGCUGUAGCAGAAGGGCAGGCCGACUCAUCGCAGGUGCAGGACCCUGAGGUUCAAGUGACAGAGCUGACCGAGGCGGUGUCACACUGCUCUGAGACAGACACAGCCUGCGAUGACAGGUGUAUGCAGACAGCCGUGUUGAGUUCCUCACCUCCCUCACAGUCCGUCACAGCAUUGAGCAGCAGAAAGCCACGUAGACAGAGGCAUCGCAGAUCCAACAGUGACCCUGUUCUCCUGGACCUGACUGCUAAAGCAGUAAUGAGUUGUGAGGCAGCCACACAGACGGAAGUAGGUCCUGCGCCUCCUGUGGGGUCAGGACCUGAGACAAAGCAUCCGGUUGUCACUAUGCGGCGGGGGAGGGGCCAUCGCCGACCACGGCCAUCCUCCAUGGUGGACUAUCAGAGCUACAGGGACACCAAGCUGCUGGUGGCGCGUUUCCUGCAGCAGCAGUCACCGUGUAGCCUGACGCCGGAAGUGCAAGAGCUGAUCAACAGCAUAAAGAGCGUGCUGCGCUCUGAUCAGGAACACAUGGAGGAGGCAGUGCGCUGUGCCACCUUCAUCCAGCAGGUGAUGAGCGUCCCAGAGAGUGGACAGGUGCGGGCAUCGAGUUCCAGACAGAGGCAGCCAGACUGCACGUCCCAGACACUGCCGCUGCGCAAGCGCCCGGGUCUCCUCCACCUGCGCAGCUGUGGAGACCUCAGUACCUUUACGUGGGCAGAGCUGCAGGUCUGUGGGCAGGGCAGACCGAGCUCCAGGACAGGUUUUCGGACUGGAACCCGCCGGCUGGCGCAGGAGCGACCACACAGCCUGAUAGGUGUCUCAAGAGAAACCAUUAUCUAAUAUCUGAAAGAGCCAAUUCUGUGUGUACUGGAGUCGAGUGCUUCUGUAUGUGAUGCAAAGCUUCGAGAAAUCAGAGGUUAUAGAAUUUUUUCUUUUGAUAAUUUUUUUUUUAUUACAAGGACGUUUGUGUUUGUAGAGUUUUAAUUUUUAUAGAUUUAAGUUUUUAAUGUUGUAUAUAAAGCUGAGUUCUGCACUGCAAUAAACAGCACUGGAGCCACUAAUGCUGGAUAUUAAACCUGUAAUAGAUGCACUGCUUCCCAGAAAACUUUGUUACUUUGUUAAACAGACACAAUAUAAAGAUGGAAAAUAAAACUGAUAUUAUACUUGUUAUGGAUACUGA